AACAGAACCAUAUAUUUGAGCCAGAAGAAGUAUAAUAAAUAAAAAUGUGGGAUAGAUUAGGUGGGUAAGCUCUCCUAUCCUUAAUUAACAAGUGUGCUUUCUCGUUCCUACACUCGGUGCGUGCGUGGGUCACUUGAUCACUGAAGCGCACCAGCUAAGCUCACCGUCUUCUUCCUCGCCGUCGCCGGAGGCCGGAGCAAUGCCGACGGUGCGGCGGCGCCACCCGGACGUGCACGUGAAGGCGCUGGAGGGCAUCGUGUCGGCCAACACCUUCUUCACGGUGGCCGUCUUCAUCGGCAUCACCGGCACCAUCACGCCGUCGUCCUCGAUCCCCCCCAACUGCGUCGCCGGCGACGACAUCGCCCGCAACUUCUUCCUCUUCGAGAUCCUCUCCUUCGGCUUCUACCUGCUCUCCAGCCUGGUGGCGCAGGGCAUGAAGCUGGCCGUCACCCUCCUCGCCACCGACGACUUCUACGGCGACGGCGAGCAGAAGCCCCCGCCGUCCGACGACUGCGAGGAGAUGCCCGCGUGGCGCGCCGCCGCGCCGCGGGAGCGCCGCCGCGCCGUGCUCCGGUUCGCGCGGCCGAUGAUGCUGCUCGCGGCGGGCUGCUCCAUCAUGGGCACCUUCUUCCUGCUGCUGUCCAUGGUGGACGCCAUCCAGCUCAAGUUCGGCCUCGUCUCCUGCAACAUCCCCCUCGCCGUCGGCACCACCUUCGCGCUCGCCGUGCUCGUCGUCGCCGGCCUCGUCUUCUACGGCGCCACCGUCGCCUACGCGCUCACGCACUACCUGCCCUGAUCAUCAAUCACUCCACUCAUCAGUUAAAUUAAUUAGUUACUCCUCCUUCCUCUUCUGCUGCUUAAUUAUUUUCAGUUUUGAUUUUUGCAUGAAAUGUACAGAUGUCUUUGAUUUCUUGGUCAGAUGAUGAUACGAAUGAGAGAGACUUCAUCAUAUUAAGCGUCGAUAUGAUUGGAUUCU